CCUUGUGAGGGGCCAACCCUCCCGUCCCCACAGUCCUGCCCUCGCUGAAAAGAGAUUGCGUCAGAGCCCCUGCAUCCCCGACAGAGCCACUGUCAGGCGUCUCGGGCAGCCGAAAUAUCUCCGAGAGGCGACACAUUGAUCCGGAGAGCUACCGCUCUAACUAGAACUUGAGGGCAAAGGCUGGGGAAAUAGGCACAUCUUAGAGCUGCUGGGGGGCAGUGGGCUUUUCUUGCUUUCAUGGGUUUGCGAGGGAGGCUUGGCCUAUUUGAUCCAAAGCCCCGUGGAGAGGUGAGGGAGGCGCAGCGUGAAGCGACAGCAGAAGCAUCCCAGGAGAGGGCGUGUAAAGGUGGAAGACCUGAAAACGUUUUUCCCCCGGCAGUCUCGCUGGACUGGCUAGUCUGUGUCCAGCAAAGUGGACCUGAUUUUCACGGCUUUUUCGCUUUCCUUAACUCCACUUUUCCAGGAAUCUGUCCUUCCUGAAAGGAGAAAUUUACCAAGUUCCAGGAACCAGUAACAUUCAAGGAUGCCUCUGUGGACUUCACCAGGAAAGAGUGGGGUUGCUGGACUCUGUUGAGAGGAAGCUGCACAGAGCUGUGAUGCUGGAGAACUACAGCCACUUGGCCUCAGUGGUCUUCCAUUCACAGCAUGACACUGGAGUGCACCACCCUCAGCUGAUGCUCAGCCCUUCCUUGGUGCGUGUAUAUUCAGCUUACAGGGGACACCUCUGCUGACUGGGCUUGCCAUGAAUCUAAUAAGAAUCCAGAUGGAGACUUGAAUGAAAAUUUUGUGGAGAAUGAAGAUAAAGUCCUUAUGUUAUCUAUUACCUCAAGAGCUUUCCUGCUGGCAAAUUUUGGAAGAGGUGGCUUAGUACAGUAACGAGGAGUCAGAAUUAAAUUGUGAAUAUUCACAGGGAGGUGUAAGUAACCCUGAACUGGACGUUUCUACUUGUCAGAAGUGGAGAAAAGUAUCUUCUCAUAUUUCCAGGAACCACAAGCAGUGUGGUGCCUCUUCAGAGUGAUAAUUUAAAAAAACAUGGGGAGUGAAGAAUAUUCAUCUUUGAAAGUCCCGAUCCAGAUGGCCACCCAGGACUCCUCAUUCUGUAAGAAUGAGCCCCAGGAUCCUCAGGAAAGCACUGAGAGGAAACUGACAGGGGGAAAAAGUCCUCCCAUUGAGCAUUGUUCAGAGAACCUUCAAGAUCAUCUUGUGGCUGAUGUAAAAGAAGUGGUCUUGCCAUUGUUCAAAGCGGAGACAAUCUGCCAUAUUGGCCAGCUGAAAGAAUCCCUGGAGCCCUUUGACUAUAACCACAAAAACGUUAGUGGUUGGAAAUCCCGGGUGGCCAGUCAUCAUCAUCAGAGAGCUCAUACAGAGCAGAAGCCCUGUAGCCAUCAAGACUGUGGGAAAACAUGUACCGCCAGCCCAGGUGGUCACCCUGGUGAGAAAAUCCGCCCUUCAGAGAAAGUAUACAGAUGUAGUCAGUGUGGUAGGGACUUCAGUGAGCGCUCAGAGCUGGUCCUGCAUCAGAGGGAGCACACUGAAGAAAAGCCCUACAGGUGUGACCAGUGCGGGAAGGGCUUCACGAGGAGCUCGAGUCUGCUCAUCCACCGUGAAGUCCACGCAGAUGAGAAGCCUUACAAGUGCGACAAGUGCGGGAAGGGCUUCACCAGGAGCUCGAGUCUGCUCAUCCAUCACUCAGUCCACACAGGGGAGAAGCCUCAUAAAUGCGACAAGUGCGGGAAGGGCUUUACUCAGAGCUCCAAGCUGCACAUCCACCAGCGCGUGCACACCGGCGAGAAGCCCUACGAGUGCGGGGAGUGUGGGAUGAGCUUCAGCCAGCGCUCCAACCUGCACAUCCACCAGCGCAUCCACACGGGGGAGAGGCCCUACAAGUGCGGGGAGUGCGGGAAGGGCUUCAGUCAGAGCUCCAACCUGCACAUCCACCGCUGUUCACAUACGGGGGAGAAGCCUUACCAGUGCUACGAGUGCGGGAAGGGCUUCAGCCAGAGCUCAGACCUCCGCAUCCACCUGAGAGUCCACACUGGGGAGAAGCCCUAUCACUGUGGCAAGUGCGGGAAGGGCUUCAGCCAGAGCUCCAAACUCCUCAUCCACCAGAGAGUCCACACUGGGGAGAAGCCCUAUGAGUGCAACAAAUGUGGGAAGGGCUUCAGCCAGAGCUCCAACCUCCACAUCCACCAGCGGGUCCACAGGAAAGACCCCCACUAAAUGAGGUCUUCAAUCACAUGCUCUUACUCCAGAGACUUCAAUAUUUCUAACAUCACUCUUACUUCCACAUUCUCAGGAUACAGUAAGAGUUAUUCAGAUAUGUUGCCUCACUGAAAGCCAUUCACUCAAGGGAUUUAGGUACCAGCCACUUUGUCAUGCUACACAGUGAACUGAUUGCUGUUCUUGCUCAGAUGGGUAGAGUGAAAACGCCUGUGCUUUGCCAUCCAGCCAGUGUUACUAGAGCCGCAUAUCCUACCCAGCAUUUCUAAGUGCAAGAACCUUAUAUUUGUCUAAGCAGAACGCGUUUCCUUUGUUCACACUCUCUGAGAAUCUGGGACUUUGGCUCUCUCUUCACAUCAUGUGCCUUGUGUUUUUCAUAUUUCCCUUCCUGCCCUGAGUAGCCCUCUUUAAAUUAUGAUUGCACAAUAUGUUUCAAUAUUUGCUAGAACCCCCAAAAGUCAUUUGCUUUUGCAACACUGUUAUUGAGCCACACUUGGGUCUUCUGGGCCGAGCAGAGUAAAGCCAAUCUACUGACACCUGGUUGUAAAGGAAGUGCACCGUUUAUCGCAGGGCACCAAAGGAGUCCAAGCGGUUGGUGCUCAUCAGACCCAAACUGAUGGCUUUCAGAGAAACAUAAGGUGAGGCACAGGGGACUGUGGGGUGCAUGAUCAGCUCACGGACAUUCUUCUCAUUGGUUGAUGGUGAGGCAAUUAGGAGUCAAUAUCAUCAACCUUCAGUUUCUAACCCAUCUGGGGUCUGCUUGCUUAUGGGCAGCAAACAAUUAACUUCUUGCAUCUGGUGGCAGUUUCAGUAUCUGCAAAACAGCUCAAAGGACAUGGCUCAGAAUAUUAUCUGUAUUCUAGAGGAAUUACAGGUCUUUGCUUCACUUAAUGGCUAAACUAUUAUUGUCUUGUUUUGCUUGGCUUUU